AUGAUAUUAUUAAUUGGGAUACUGACGGUAAUGGUUUGUACAGCUAUUCUUUGGUGUUUCAGAAAAUUGAAAUAUACUUCACGUCUUGCCCAGACAAAGAAACAUCUACCUAUUGUCGAAUUUCCUGAUGACAUACUUGAAGAAAUAUUCAAGUAUUUAGAGACAGAUGAAGUAAUACAAAUCAAUAUGGUUUGUAAAAGAUUAAAUAGCGUUGCAGAUAAUGCUUUAUGGCAUUCCAUUUUUGUUUCCUCUCCUCUUGUUAAUUACUUGACGGUAGGAGGACCCUGGGUGUAUUAUAGGCGGGUACCCGAGCUUAUAUUUAUGGAAAUGUUAAGGAGUGGGAAACUUAAGACUAAUUUAUUGAAACGAUUAGUAUUCGCAUUCAGUUGGUCUUUUUCCUUCGAUUGGUUCCAAGAUUUGGUGACAAAACUUCCUGGGUGUUCUAUAGCUAUCAACUCGGUCGAUUAUAUCCUUGGGCAGAAAUUGGAUAAUUUCAACGCAACUAAGAGAGGAUAUUGGUGGAAACAACUCGGGCACCUUGACAUAUCAUUUAGAGAUCACAUAAUCGAUGGUUUCCCUGAACCCAAUAUAAUCAAAAGUCUCAGAAUAUACUCAGCUGACCAGGAUUUUUUUGACAAUUGGCUUCCUAGAAUGACACUGUUAGAAUCCCUUUUCAUUAGACUUCUAAAGAACGUCAAUGUUGACAGAAAAAUUACCAUAAAAAAUCUAGAUAUUGGUUAUAUGGACGAUGAUUGUGAUUGCACG